AAUUUUUUUUUUUUCUAUUUUUCUCCGGGACGAGCUUCUAGCAAUUCAAGCAUCACCGACGACCGAUUCCCGGACAUCGAUAACUCCCCAAAUUCUGCGAAUAUUCCGUUCGACCCAUGGCGACGAUUCAGCACGACAUCCGCUCGGCCCUCCACGCCGCUUCCUCCGCCGUCCGCUCCAUCGCUCCUUCCCUCGCCCUCUCGCGCGCCGCCGCCGUGGCCGUGCGUCGCGUCCCCUCGCCGAUCCCGUCGCUGAGGCUGCGGGCCUUCUCGACCAAUGAGCCCGGCGACGCCGUCUUGGAGUUCCCCGAGAAGCCGUCGGUCUGCACCGCCGACGAGCUCCACUACGUCUCCGUCGGCAACAGCGACUGGCGCCUCGCCCUCUGGCGCUACCACCCGCCUCCUCAGGCUCCUAUCAGGAAUCAUCCUCUGCUGUUGCUGUCCGGAGUUGGAACCAACGCGAUUGGUUACGAUCUCUCCCCUGGUUCGUCAUUUGCACGGUACAUGUCGAGUGAAGGAUUUGACACCUGGAUUCUGGAACUCAGAGGUGCUGGAUUGAGCGCACAGGGAUCAACUCCCAAAGGAAUUGAACAAUCUGCAAAUAAAAUAUCAAAGCAAAUGGAAGCUGCUGCAAAAGGUGCAAUAAAUGGAGCUCUUCCUGAGCAGCAGGAUGCAACGAACAGUACCGGUGUCUAUCUGGACUCCGAAGUUUCUGCUGCUAAGGGAGAUCCUGCAGCUCUGGCGACUGCAUGGGAUGAAUCUAAGCUGGUGUCAAAGUUAACAGAGACUUUCAUGCGUUUGUCAGAAAGGCUAUCUGGUUUUCUUAGCGAAGGUCAAUCCAGAAUUAUGUCUGCUAAGUUCUUUGAUCAGAUAUCCAAACUUGUGGAGGAUUCACAGCUAUCAGAGCGCUACAAUGAGAUAAGGGCGACUCUUUCAGGCUUGUUGGAAUCAAGGCAAAACUCUGGGAUUGCUAAUCAAAUUAGAGACUUAAGUGAACGACUUGUAAAUGUUAUCGAAGAAGGUCAACGAUCCGUUUCACCUCCACUUUUUAAUAUACAAGAACGUUUCUCUUCUACUAUUGAAGAUUUUCAGAAGCAGCUUGAUUUGAUCGUGAAGUAUGACUGGGAUUUUGAUCAUUACCUUGAAGAGGAUGUGCCUGCUGCGAUGGAAUAUAUAAGAGCAAUAAGCAAACCAGAGGAUGGUAAACUGUUGGCAAUUGGACAUUCCAUGGGAGGAAUCUUGCUUUAUGCUAUGCUAUCUCGAUGUGGUUUUGAAGGAAAGGACCCAAAAUUAGCAGCAGUUGUUACUUUGGCAUCAUCACUUGACUACACACCUUCAAAAUCAACACUCAAGUUGCUUUUACCCCUCGCAGAUCCUGCACAGGCUCUUAAUGUUCCUGUUGUUCCUCUAGGAGUGAUGUUGUCAGCCGCGUAUCCUCUUUCAUCGCGCCCUCCCUAUGUAUUGUCUUGGUUAAAUUAUCUGAUAUCAGCAGAGGACAUGAUGCAUCCAGAAUUGUUGGAAAAGCUCAUCUUGAACAACUUUUGCACUAUACCUGCUAAACUCAUACUGCAGCUAACAACAGCUUUCAAGGAAGGAGGGUUAUCUGACCGUAGCGGCAGAUUCUUUUAUAAGGAUCAUUUGCACAAAAGCAAUGUGCCUAUCUUGGCGAUUGCAGGGAAUAAAGAUCUAAUCUGUCCACCUGAAGCUGUUGAGGAAACUGUGAAGCUUAUUCCUGAUCAUCUGGUUACCUACAAAGUUUUUGGGGGACCUGAAGGGCCUCAUUAUGCUCAUUAUGAUUUGGUGGGGGGUCGAAUGGCUGUGCAGCAGAUCUACCCAUGUAUAAUCGAGUUUCUUAGUUGCCAUGAUUGUCACGAAAACCAACACAAGUCUACCUCCUCUGAUGAAUCAACGCAACAACAAUGAAAUUAUGUUCUGGUCAUGUUGCUUGUUGCUCCUAGAUCAGAGGGAUUCAUGCAAAUGCUUGGGGAUUUCAUGUCUCUGACGACGGUUCCUAGUGCUCGUUCACUUGAGAAGAUAUGAGAUGCUCUUGUAGGAUGAUCAGCGCAUGUCAUGGGGGUUGGUAUGCCCUGCUUAGUUGCUGGCUAUGGGUAGUCUGUUGUAAUUUGGCUCGUAACAUUUUGGGGGAGGAUCCUCGUGUUUUAGUGAAGGUUCUGUUUGGUUAGACAAUGCCCGUUACAUUUUUUUUUUUUUUGGGUCAAAACGCCUGUUACAAUGACAAAGCCCAUAGUUGAUUCUUUUGAUCCAAUUGGUCAUAGUGUAGACUGUAUUUUCCUUGGGUCACGACCGCGGACUUUGACAUCAAUAUAGUGCACAUUGUUUGGAA